AUGCAAUGGGCUCUGAGCAAUUAUGGUGGGAAAGGCGGGCAAUCUAAUCUGGUUAGGCUUGCCCUUAUAGAAACUCCUCAUGAGAUCUGGCUUUAUAGAAACGAAGCCUGUUUUAAUCAUAGAACUGAUAAUAGGAAUUGCCUUGAUAGAAUUAUUUACAAUAUAAUGUAUAGAGGGUGGACUAGUCCAAAGCUUAGACCACGUAUAGCUAGGUUUAUUUUGCCUUAA